UAGGUAAAUUAGUGGCGUGUGUCAACGUCGGUUCACCUAAUUAACAAAAUAUUUCUUUGUAUGCGAUGCGCAAGCGUCAGUCGCGCUUAUAUUAGUAGUAUUAUUACACCGACAUAAUAUAUUACGUACCUGAAGGUCUGUACAUAUAUUACGUCCUGGAUAAGUGGUCGCCUAACAUCGAAAGUGACGCACGUGGAGUUAAAUAAAUAAAUUAAAAAACAUAAUUUAAGAUAAACAUAAUUUUGACAUGUUGCAAAUUUAUAGUGUAAUUUUUAUCACGAAAUAAAGAAAUCUAAUCUAUCUAUCUAAAUCUAAACCAAAUACCUCAUGUGAUAAAUAGUGAUAAUCAGUUACAAUGUUGUUUAAAACUAUAGUGUUGUGUUGUGUUUUGGUCAAUGUUCUAGCUACGGAAUCAUCAUUACGAAUCCCUAAUCUUGACCACAUAUUUGACACUCUGUCAAAAAAUGAGUGGGACGCUGACGAGGUGGCCUGCCGUGACAAUAUAUUUAACGUUCUGGAAAAUGUCAAGAACUCUACAUUAUGGGCCACAUGGGUAUGGAACUCUAUCGAUCAGUCACCAACGGGCAUAUUCUUCGGCGCCCGUUACCAGCUCGGCAACUACGACCAGUGUUUGCGUCCGCCCUGGCUCGCAACGCACCCUGAGCUACGCACUCAAUACUGUCUAGCGGAAAUAGAAAUGCAUAAAAAUGGCGUCAAGAAAAUAGGAGAGGGCUCCGAUCCUUAUGUCAGAGCUGAGGACUAUUACGUCGAUACUACAACACCCUAUGGUCGUAGUUUCUCAUACAUUGCACACGGGGUCUGCCUGCCCGCAGGGUGUCCGAAUAAGUCCGUGGAGAAGUUUGUGAAGGCGCUCCUGGGCACGGGUUACCUGCGAGCGGCGAGAGAUGCCGCCGUGUCUGUGCACCACUGCGAGGAAGCAGCGGCCCCUUGGAAAUAUUCUACAGGAUAUUACGUCUUUGCGUACACCUUUGCAGCGCUGUUGUCCAUAGCUGUAGGAUCAACAUACUAUAUAAGCGAGUAUCCCGUCACCGCUAGUUCUAACUCCUUUGUUAAUCAGUUUGCAAAAUCGUUCUGUCUUCGCCGCAACUGGAAUACAAUAUUUAAAACUGAGAAAGACGAACUGCCAUGUUUGCACGGCAUUCGCUUCCUGACGGCGUUCAUUAUCGCCUUCGUUCACUGCAUGGCCAUUUCACACGGGACUUCUAUUAGCAAUGCUUUGGACUUUGAACGGAUGGCAACAGAUAGAAAAGUAUUAGCGUACCUUACGACUCAUUUUGAUGUAAUUGUGGACACGUUUUUCACACUGUCUGCUAUUCUAGCGGGAAAGAGUCUUGCCACGAUGGAUAUAACGAAACCAUACAGUUUAAUGAAGAAUAUUUUAAAACGUUAUAUAAGACUUGUAGUGCUUUUAGCCGUCAGCGUGUUCUACUUGGGGUAUAUGUCAAAACAUACUGAUGCUGGUCCUGUCUACCCAAAAAUAGCUUUCUACGAGCAACAGACGUGCGAGAAGAAUUGGUUACCGUCUUUACUAAUGAUCGGAAAUUAUUACAACACAUCCGAAAUGUGCCAUCCAGCCACUUGGUAUAUACCCUGUGACUUCCAUAUGUACGUAAUAACUCUGCUCCUGCUGUACGUGUACCGCAAAAACCCACGUGUAGGCAAAGCACUUGCCGCCGUAAUUUUGGUGAUCGGUUUUAUAAUGCCCGUGAUCACCGUAUACGUCAAUGAUUUACCAGCAGUUCUAGCUUACAAUCUUCAAUUGGAAGUAGAUAUUAGACCCAACUCCUUCUUCAGAAACCUUUACAUAAAAACACACUGCAGGAUGGUACCAUACGCGAUUGGUCUGGCUGCCGGCUAUCUAAUGUCGAUCUAUAAGCCCAAAGAUUACAGGAAAGUCUGGUCUAAGACAGUGUCGUUCCUAGGAACUUAUGUCUCCUUGAACCUAAUGUGUGCCGUAAUAGCGCUGGGUCAUAUAUGCUACUUGUACGGAGUCCACGGAUGGUUGGCCUGUGUCUUCGUGGCUUUCGAAAGGAUUUUAUUUGCCUUAGCUAUUGUGGGUGUCGUCAUCUUUUGCACUUAUGGCCAAGUUCCCCUCAUCAAUUCGUUCCUCAGCUGGUCAGUGUUCGCUCCGUUUAGUAGGCUCUCAUACGGCGUAUAUGUCAUACAUAUUAUGUUAUUGUAUCAAACUUCUUCCAUGAGAGAUAAUAUGAAACAUCACCUGUUUGAAGGUCUGAUACAAGCAGUUGGAUUAGUGGUGUUUUCGUCGCUGAUGAGUCUGCUGGUCUGGCUGCUGGUUGAGGCGCCUCUCGUCAACAUCACGAACCCAUACCUCGACACAAAAGCCUCGGCCAAGGAGAAAGUGGAAAUAUCCAGGAACGGUGCUCAUCAAAGUUACACAAGUAAACAAAAAAGCAUGUGAUUCAAUUUUAUUCCUUCGGGUUCUAUUUAAUUGGAAUAUUAAAUAAUAAAAUAGUAUUGUCUUCCAAA